AUGGGCUUUGGACUGUUCAAGAAGAAGGACAAGGCCAAGGAGCUCGAGAUCUCCGACGCCCCGCCCCGAGAGGGCAAGCCCUCCCUGCAUGGCUCUCCUGCCCUGGCCUUCCGCCGGCCCGAUACGCCCACUUCGCCCACGUCUCCUUCGCUGGCACAGCUGCCGCUGCCCCUCGACCUGACCAGCCACGGCAGUUCCUCAAACCCUGCCGGAGCGGAUACGGGCCUGUCGCUGAUGGACGACAUCCUGUCGAGCUUUGACAGCAUGAUCGUCGCCCCUGCUCCCGUUCCUACCGCCCAGCCCGUGUCGAAAUCUGCAGAUCGAGCCCCCGUCGCCGACUCCUCGCUCAGCCAGCUCCACGACAACCCCGACUUCAUCUCGCCCCAGCAAAUCGCCCGCUUCCUCAGCUCCAGCAACUCCAAGCCCAGCUCCGCCGCAAAGCCUGCCGUCGACUCGUUCUCCAGCGACCGGACCGAUCCUUCUCACCAAGCUCCUACCCGCAGCGCCUCCCUCAAGCGGGAUGGCUCCUCGUCUGCCGGACGCAACUAUGCCCCGCAAAGAUCGGGCUCCAGCACCCCAGGCGCUCCCUCAGACACCCUGCGAAGGGGUGCUCCCGCUGAAUCGCUGGCCCUCGCCCAGUCCGAUUCCAUGGGACGCCAUCGACCCGGUGGCAGCGACUCCAUCUCUCGGCAGCCCUCACACAACACGCUGCCCAAGCGCGCCGGCCCAGCUGCCGCUGCUUCUUCUCAGGUCCGGUCUCCUCCAGCCUCGCCCAAGCCAGCCUAUGCCGCCGCUGCUUCGCCCAAGCCGGCGUCCCAGGUCCCGGCCCAGUUCAACCGUCGGGCCCGUCUCGAGGCCGAGAAGCAGGUCUCCCGCCACGGCCCGCACAGGUCGGAGAGUGACGAGUCCGACUCGGAUGACCUCCGUCGCAUCGUCCGCGCCAACCCCCUUCAUGGUCGCAGCCAAAGCCAGAGCUCAGCCGACCCGUCUCGAUCUCGCCAUGGCGACUCUGGCCGCCCCAGCCAUACCCUCGAUCGAGUGCGCCGAGAGGAUUCGCGGGAGCGUCCCAGCCGGUCGCUGCCCGACAGCAAGGCCCGCAGCAUCGACGAGUGGGUCAAGUCCCAGUCCCAGUCCCAGACCCGAGCCAAGUCGAGCCCCCGGUCGUUCUCGCCUGAACACCUGAGCCUGCAUCGCGCCCAGAGCUCGUCGUCCUUGUCGCGGCAGCAUCCUCCGCGCAUGAUCUCCAUCAGCCGCCCCGCCAGCUCCCAGGACAGCGAUGGCGACUCGGACGACGGCUCGCAGAGCGAAGAGUCCGUCUCGAACGACCUUGUCAUGAAGCAGAGCCCUCUGGGCACCGACACCGACGAGGACGAGGACAUUGACGUCCCGCUGAUCUACAAACUGGCCAAGUCGCAGCAGCAGCGUAUCCACCAGGCCGACCACUCGGGUCCGUCGCAGCCCAGCUCCCCGACACACUCCCGCCCCAAUUCGCCGCUCCCCAAGGUCUCGGCCUCAGUCUCGGUCUCGGCUCCAGUGAGUCGCAGUGCCUCGCCUGCGCCCCAUGUCCGCCCGGGCAAACCCACCCCGCUGUACCCCGGCAUGCCCGCCGUCCCUGCCAUGCAUCCCAACGGCGCGCCCAUCGACGCCAACCAGAUGGCUCAGUACUUUGCCACAUACUACGAGCACGCCCAGGCCAUGCUGGCCCAGGGCAUCAUGGUCCCGCCGAUCCCGCCGAUCCAGAAGGGUCUGUUGCCCGCGGGCGACGUCUCCGCAGUGGCUCCUGUCCAGACCAAGAGCAGCAAGUCGAGCAAGGGCGACGGCGAGCCGAGCUCGAAAAAGUCCAAGAAGAAGAAGUCGUCGUCCCACGACAACCAGGACGACAGCUCGUCGCUCGAGAAGGAGGCCAAGUCCAAGAGCAAGAAGAGCAAGGACAAGAAGGACAAAAAGUCAAAGUCGUCCAAGAAGGACAAGAGCCCCAAGAAGGAAAAGUCGAGCAAGUCCAAGGAGCAGGCCCUCGGCAGCGAGACCGAGCAGCCCGCCGACAGCGCCGUCGCCACUCCCACGGACGAUGCCGAGGAAUCUGCGGUCGAGCCGAUGAGCGCCACCGUCGCCGAGACCGAAAGCAUCCCGGCUACCGAGAUUGCUGCCGCUGACGACUGA